AUUCCAGAUGCAAAUGAUGAGUCUUUUUAUAGGGGACAGGUAACCCUUGGCAUGAAAGACAGCGUUUUCCAGUCAAGUAAUCCAUUCAGGCAUGCCGUUGAACUUCAACAUAUACUUAAUCUAAAAGGGGAACCAAAGCCUGUGCUUAUGAUGUUUACAGAUGGUGGCCCUGAUCACCGUGUGACAUACCAUGCUGUCAAAUUGGCUCUUAUCAUCUUAUUUAAAAGAUUGGGGUUAGAGAUGCUUGUUGCUGGAAGAACAGCUCCAGGGCAUUCUUGGACAAACCCAGCAGAACGUAUAAUGUCACUUCUAAAUCUGGCUUUCCAAAAUGCAGCAUUGUCGAGGAAUGAGUGCUCAAGUGACAUGGAACAGGUGCUAAGAAGUUGUGGUGGUAUGGCUGAUAUCCGGGGGAAAGCUGAAACUGUAAAGGACUUGAAAGCUGGUUGGAUUGCAUCGCUUCAGGAGAUGAUAACAAUGUUAGAAGAACGUGUAAAACGAGUGGAGUUGAAAGGAAAAUCAUUCAGUUGUAUACCACCUGCUACUGAUGAAGAAGUCAUAGAAUUUGAAAGAGAGGUUAAUCAGAUUGAUCCAAUUAUAGUUAUGGGGCAAUACCAACAGCAACACUUGAAAAGGGCAGAGAGAUACAAACAGUUUAUAGAAAGACAUUGCAUUGAACGACAGUAUUGUUUCCAGAUCAAAAGGUGCAAUGAUGAAAUGUGCUGUGAAAAACCCACUAAAGAAAGACCUUGGGUGCCAGAUCCAAUGUACAGUGAUGAAAAUGGUACACAUUAUAAAAAGCUUGAGGAUGUAAUUGGAACUGAGACGUCGGAGAAAGAUCGUCCCUCUGCUCAGAAACAGACUGUAACAGCUGUAGCUGAAGAGCAACAGGGUUGUAAAAACUCUGUUCUGGUUGGACAGAAUGUUAGAAUGACAGUUGAUUGUACAGACUGUACAAAACCAAGGUGUAUCUAUUCUAAAUUAAAGCUGACACCUAGAGAGAUGAGAGGCCUAAAGCUAUUGCUUAAUUCACAUGAUUACAGCUGUGGGGCUGUGAUUACAACUGACGGUCAUGUUCUUCAAGGAAAGGUCUUUGUGAAACUGCAGCUAAAUUGCCAAUCACCCAUUGAGUUUUCAUAUUACUCAUCUGGUAUUAACGGCAAACUUGAUCUCUGCUGCUAUUGUAAGACUGAAGGUGUACAGCAGGAUAAAGAGUUAAAAAAACAAUUCAGAGUUGUCCUACCAGUGUGUCAAACUUGUCUUGAUAACCACAAACCCGUUCUGAAGAGAAAUCCCAUCAAGAAAUGAACGGUUUCUGACAGUAUAUGGACAACAUGUUGAUUUUUAUUCUAGUUUAUGACAGUGUUUAUAUAUGUUCAUGUGCAUAAGUCUACACAUUAUAAAUAAAGUUCAGUUUAUUGUUGAUUGGUUUAAUUCAGUAUAAUAGACUAAUACAUGUAUAUACAGGUCUUAAAUUCAUGGCUUUUGAUUGUCUCUACAAAGGUAUGAUGGUGAAAAAGAUAUACUCAGUGUUUCAAUAUCUACAUGCAAAUUCUGAAAAAAAAAAAAAAAAAA